AUGUUGCUGCACCCAACCAACUUAGCAGAAGGUUAUUGUAGAACUCUUAAACUUAACAUUGACGACUCAAAUCCAACAAAGUACUUCAUAUGUAGCAAGUUUCCCAGCUGUGGUGAACAUGAUUUGAGCAUUUCCUUAAAUAAAUUUAACUGUCAGUGUGGAAAUCCUUUGAACCGUUCAGUUAUGAUGAAAAAUUUCGACAAUAUUUUUGUGAAGAGUUGUGCAACUUUUAUUAUUAAGGAUGAUUUGACUGUCAUGCCAAACUCCAUGGAUGUUACAAACCUUUCUCUGCUCCAGAACCUUGGAAUAAAAAGCACAAGUUCGGUGAAGGAAAUGAUGGUCAAUGUCACAAAAGAAAAGAGGACACAUUCCAUCGAGAGAUCAUUGUUUUUCUUUUGUGAUCUUGAGAGACCAUUGAUUGAGGAUUUUGAGACUUUUUAUUGUAUAGAUGAGAAUGAAAUCCAAUUCCCCGUGAAGCUUGUUAUAAGAAAAUCAGACAGCAAGUUAUUGUAUGCUCUAGGGGAACAUGAUUUUGCAAAUAUACUUUUAAGUUUUCAUGCUUCUUCUUUGGGUGGAGUAGUGCGAGAAUUUGGAGGAAGCUUUGAUACUUUGUACAAGAGUAUAUCUGAUUUGGAUGAAAACAGAUACUUUGUGUCAAAAGUCGCCAAGGACAUGCUUGUUUAUCCAAAAUUGGCCAGACAUUAUAACGAUUUUAGUCAAAAUAUAUUAUCAGGUGAUGGAAGUGAUGGUUAUAGAUGUUAUUAUCGACUUAGAAAACACAUUGAAGGUAUUGGGCACAAUCAAGUUUUCAUCACUGACAAUUUUAUUACUGGUGAGGAGAAUUUUAAAUGGUUGUGGCCUGUUUGUCGUGAAAAACAUACAAGCGAUGAAGGUUAUGUCAAGGGACGACCAAAACUUUAUGGGGUGACUGAUGACUUGACCAUUGCGCCUUUCUCUCCAUCUACACUCAUAAACUUUAUCAACCGUUUUGAAACUCCUUUUGAAGAUCUGAAGGAAAAGGGUGUCACCAUUGGCACCAAAGAUGUAACAAAUUCUUGUCUAAGUAUAUUGAGGGCAGCUUUGACUUCAACAUCUGCUCUAACAAAUGGUCUUGCUCACUUCAUAACUGAAGUUAAAGAGGAGAUACGUAAUGAGGACAACUAA